GGAAAUCAGAGCGCUGCACACCACCAGCUCUGUCUCCAGCUCAGGGGAUUAUUUUGUGUCCAGAAUCUUGCGCAGGAAAUAUAGUUAUGAACUGGGGCGGGUGUGGUGGAGACGUUGCUGGAGCCCGGGUCAGCCAUGGAGAACAGCCCAGCAGACACUGACCUGGACCUCACCGCCGAGAGACCGCCAUCUCCACAGAACAGCGCUCCAGAAUGCUGAGUCCUGUCGUCCCUUACAGCCUGUUGAAGAUGCACUGGACCCCAGAGCACGCUCAGUCCGUCCGACACUGGCCUGAGCAGCACCUGGACGUCUCCUCCACCACCUCCUCCCCCGCCCACAAGCCCGAGCUGCACGGCGGGCGGGGGCGGAGCUACAGCUACGCCUGGGCCAACGACGACAUCUCCGCCCUGACCGCCUCCAGCCUGCUCAAGCGCUACGCCGAGAAGUACUCCAGCGGGCUGGACGGCCCCUACGAGCGCGCCCCCAUGGGCGGCUACCCCGAGGCGGGGCCGUUCGGGCCCCUGAAUGGACAGAAGACCGAACUGGACCCCUGGCCCCUCUCGCAUGCUGCCGAGGGGCCGUACCUGGCCCCACCGCCUGGGCACGAGAGCCUCGGAGGGGCCAAGGGGACAGGUUCGGGUGGGGUGAGUAACGCCCUCUCGGACCCGGGCUACGGCUCCUGCAGCGCCCCCUCCACCCACGACUACGCCCCGGCCUACAACGGCACCUACCUCUCCUCGGGCUACUGCCCCCAGCCUGGAGCAGCACUUCCCCCUGCCCCCCUCCAUCCCCUGCAGCCCGCCCCUACCCUGGUGCCUAGCUACACGCCCCCCGGCCCCGUCUACAACUACCCCAGCAGCAGCUACCCCCACCAGCCCAGCCUGGCCCCCAGCUACACCCACGCCCCCGCACCUUACCUGCCCUCCGGCCUGGCUGCCCCGACCCCUCUACCGCCCCGGCCCACGGUGGUGGGGGGCAGCUACGGCUACCAGGGGCAGAGUUUAGGGGGGGUGGAGCCCGGCGGUGCACUCAAGAGAAAAGCCUUUGAGAUGUCGGUGGAGGAGGAGGAAGGGGAGGGGUUGCGCUACAGGAAGUAUGGCUAUGAGCACGCCAAGCCCGGCGGGGGGUCGCCCUACAGCGUGAGCGAGGUCAAGGUCGAGUGCCAUAGCAACGGGUUCGGACCCGCUGGCCCCCAGGCCUUCAAACCCAGCAAGCCCCCGUCCCAGACAGGAGGGGACGAGCUGGCCAAGUUUGGGGGCCUGAAGCCCCUGGUGUCGCCCCCAUAUGGCGGGGUGGGCGAGUACAGCCCCCCCGCAGGACUGACGGGGGAGAAUGGGGGCGGGGACCACGGUUACCCACAGCACCACCUGGGCCCAAAGCUUCCGGCCCCCUGCGGCCAAUCGAGCGAGCUGCUGAAGGGGGCCGAACCGCACCACCUGGAGCUGGUGACGGGGGAGCUCCUGGACCGCAGCCCCGCGCCUCCCUGGGCCGAGCUGGCAGCGGGCCACGCCCAGGUGAAGGCGUCUCUGGAGGAGGACCUGCUGUGGCCCGUGCUUCGGCCGGGACCCUCCCGCCGCCCGCCCAGAACCGUGCUGCUGUUCGGGCCGCGGGGGAGCGGGAAGACGGCGCUGGCCCGGGGCGUGGCCUCCCAGCUGGGGGCCGCCUUCUUCCGGGUGAGCGCCGCCCAGCUGGCGUCCGAGUGGAAGGGCGAGGCCGAGAAGCUCCUGCGGGCGCUGUUUUCGGCCGCCGCCGCCCGGCAGCCGGCCGUGGUGCUGGUGAGCCAGGCGGAGGCGCUGGUGGAGGAGGGGGCGCGGAGGCAGCUGAGGUCCUGCCUGGAGGCGGCGCGGGCGGGCGGGGCCGGGGGCCUGCUCAUUGCGGUGUGCUCCACUCGCCGGCCCGACCUGCUGGAGGAGGCCACACACCGCUGCUUCGCCAAGCGCUACUGCGUGGGGCUGCCGGACGCGGGCGGCCGCAGGCAGGUGCUGCUCCAGGCGCUGGCCCCACUGGGCUGCCGUCUCAGCGAGCGCGAGGUGGCGGUUGUACUGCAGCGCUCCGAGGGCUUCUCCGUCCCCGAACUCCAGCAGCUCUGCCAGCAGGCCUCAGCCUCCGCCUCCGCCCCGUCCCCCACCCCCCUGCACGGCCUGCCCGACCCCCUCGCACCCCCCGCCUUGAAGGAUUUCGAGAACGCCUUCUGCAAGGUGCGCCCGCACGCCACAGCCAAAGAACUGGACACCUGCGCCGAGUGGAGCAAGCUGCACGGCCAAUGA